CUCUUGUUCUCACACAGGAGGAGGAACUAUUUUGGUGAAACACACAACAAACGAGGCUGCUCGAGAGAGUAGAGCAGCUUUGAGACAUGUGGAGAUGCUUUUACCGGCCGUGAUUACGCCGUGAGCACGCGCUGCUCCUGAUGUUGACACCCGUUUCCUCAGAGAACCAUCCUUUUGCUGCUGCACCAUGAGCUGCUCCAAACCUGACAUCCUGUGGUCCCCGCACCACCCUGACCGCUACGUCAUCUGCGACUCUGAGCUGGGCCUGUACCGCAUCGGGCCUGUAGGGGCAGCCGAGUCCAAGGCGGGGACCCUCCCCCUGUCGUCCGAAACCGCUGCCACCCUCCUCGCCAUCAACUCUGACACUCCCUAUAUGAAAUGCGUGGCCUGGUAUCCCAAACACGAACCUGAAUGUUUGCUCGCGGUCGGCCAAGCCAACGGCAGGGUUGUCCUCACCAGCUUGGGGCAGAGUCAUAAUUCUGCUUGCAAAGAUCUCGUCGGGAAAGAAUUUGUGCCUAAACAUGCCAGACAAUGCAAUACCUUAGCGUGGAAUCCUGUUGAUAGUAACUUACUGGCAGCUGGUCUGGACAAGCACAGAGCGGACUUUUCAGUUCUCAUAUGGGACAUCAGCAGUAAGUAUUCGCCUGAAGCUAGCGUGGCGACUGCAGAGAAAAUCCGUUUAUCGUCUCUGGAUCUAGAUUCGAGCACGGUGGUGACUAAACCCAUGUACGAGUUAGGGCAGAAUGAUGCGUGCCUGUCGCUAUGCUGGUUGCUAAGGGACCCCAAGUUGCUCCUAGCCGGGAUGCAUAGAAAUCUGGCCAUUUUUGAUCUAAGGAACACUAGCCAGAAGACUUUUGUAAACACCAAAGCGAUCCAGGGCGUGACGGUGGACCCACACUUCCCGGACAGGGUGGCAUCGUUCUUCGAGGGGCAGGUGGCCAUAUGGGACCUGAGGAAGUUUGAGAAGCCUGUGCUGACGCUGACGGAGCAGCCCAAACCACUCACCAAGGUAGCCUGGUGCCCCACGCGUACUGGCCUGCUCGCCACUCUGACCCGCGACAGCAACAUCAUCCGCCUGUACGACAUGCAGCACACACCCACCCCCAUCGGAGACGAGACGGAGCCCACCAUCAUCGAGCGCAGCGUCCAGCCCUGUGACACCCAGAUCGGGAGCUUCGCCUGGCACCCGUCCUCCCAGAACCGCAUGGUGGUUGUGUCCGCCGCCAACCGCGCCAUGACCGACUUCACCGUGUUUGAGCGCAUCUCCCUGGCCUGGAGCUCCACCACCUCCCUGAUGUGGGCAUGCGGGAGGUACCUGUACGAGUGCGCGGAGGAUGGGGCGGCGGGCAUGGAGGCCGAUAUAGCCACCAAGAUGAGGCAGAGGGCCCAGUCGAGGUACGGGCACGACACGGGGCAGGUGUGGAAGAACCAUGUGCUGGCAGGGGGGAGCGACCCACAGCUCAAGUCCCUGUGGUACGACCUCUCCUAUAUGAAGCAGUGUGCAGAGGACCUGGAGCUCAAACUGCAGGGGAACAAGCAGGCUUUGGUCUACUCCGGGAUAAAGAACAUCGUCAAAACCAGCUCUGGUACAACAGAGACCCGUAGGUGCUGGAGCGGGUCAGAUCGGCAGGCGGACGUGCCUCGAUUCCACAGCGAGGAGCGCAGCCUGGCCCUGAGGCUGUGCGGGUGGACGGGCCGGGGGUCAGACCAGGACGUGGAACCCCUCCUCAGAACCUUGGAGCAGGAGCGCGAGUGGGAGAGAGCAGCCGCUGUGGCCCUGUUCAACAUGGACAUCCGCAGAGCCAUCCAGAUCCUCAACAAGGGAGCCAGUGCAGACAAGGGGGACUUGAACCUGAACGUGGUUGCCAUGGCGCUGUCGGGGUACACGGAUGAGAAGGCGUCUCUGUGGAGAGAGAUGUGCAGCUCCCUCAGACUGCAGCUCCAGAACCCGUACCUCUGCGUCAUGUUCGCCUUCCUCACCAGUGAACCCGGGGCCUAUGACGGAGUUCUGAAUGAGAGCAGCGUGGCGGUGAGGGAUCGAGUGGCCUUUGCCUGUAUGUUUUUAAAUGAUACACAGUUGCCUCGAUACAUUGACAAACUGAGCGGUGAGAUGAAGGAGGCGGGGAACCUGGAGGGUCUUCUGUUAACCGGCCUCACCAAAGACGGAGUGGACCUGAUGGAGAGCUACGUGGACCGCACUGGAGACGUACAGACCGCCAGCUUCUGUAUGCUCAAGGGCUCCACAGGGGAGGUGCUGAAGGACCCCCGGGUUCAGUGCUGGAUCGAGAACUACAGAAACCUCCUGGACGCUUGGAGGUUCUGGCACAAACGGGCAGAGUUCGAUAUCCACAGAGGCAAACUGGACCCCAGCUCCAAGCCACUGGCACAGGUGUUUGUGAGCUGUAACUUCUGUGGGAAGUCCAUCUCGUACAGCUGCGCAGCCAUGCCUCACCAGGGUCGGGGCUUCAGUCAGUAUGGGGUCAGCGGCUCGCCCACCAAGUCCAAAGUGACCAGCUGCCCGGGCUGUAGGAAGCCCCUCCCCCGCUGUGCCCUCUGCCUCAUGAACAUGGGCACGCCCGUCUCCAACUCCCCAGGUCCGGGGAAGUCAGAGGAGAAGAUGGACCUGACCAGAGAAAACAAACUGGCUCAGUUCAACAACUGGUUCACGUGGUGUCACAACUGUCGUCAUGGCGGCCACGCGGGGCACAUCCUCAGCUGGUUCAGAGACCACAGUGAGUGCCCCGUGUCAGCCUGCACCUGUAAAUGCAUGCAGCUGGACACCACGGGGAACCUGGUGCCUUCUGACAGCAGCUAGACCUACAGACCUACAAACCUACAGACCUGUCCUACAUGAGACCUGUGCCCGAGGAGCUCCAGGGGCCCCAAACCACUGCCCCACAGAGCCCACCGAGCCUCUGUCGGCCUCUGACAGCAGGGGGCGCCACAGCCAGAGGUUAUAAGAGUAACUUUUAAGCGUGAUAUUUGGAGUUUUAAGCGUAUCAGUGAUCCGCUAUAAAUCUCCAGUGCAGGCUUAUUUUGCUUUGGUCAAUCUGCUGCCUAAAAAAUACACACAAACCUUUAUAUUAACACUUGAAUACGAAGAGAUAGCUGCACAAAACGUGACUACACAGCUCUCGUAUAGGUUUGAGGUAAAAAGGAAUUUGUAGUGAACUAAAAUUACAUAAAUUGGGGAAAAUAAUCAGAAUCAAAACAAAAAAUAUUGGCCAGUGGUUGCUUUGUAUUCCAAACAAUCUCUAUCGGCAUUGGCCAUGGAAAAAAAAACAACAUAUUGUUGAUCUCUAAAUAAUGUUAUUUCAAAAUAAUAUUCCUGAAGUAGAAGUACAAAGUAGUAGUCCAAGUCCAAGAAAUUACCCAAAUAAGAGUAAAAAACUAUUUGGGUUAACUAAGAGUACUGUUACUUCAAUAAAAAAAUAUUCCUCAAGUAGGAGUAAAAGUAUGCUGCUAGAAAAGUACAGUUUCUUUAAAGGCGCACUGUGUAACUUUUCGGUUGGGGGUCCACCUGCUUGUUUCUAUGGAUAUGUCAUUGCUCUGCUUAGAAUGUUCCACAAUAUGACAUUAAACAGCUCUGCCUUACAUUUAUUCAAUUACAGGUUUUAUGGCUCAAAAAUACAGAGAAAAACAGGCGCUCUGACUGUGAGCGGGGUUGCCUCUCCACAGAUCUGACCUGUAACUUGGUCUGGUUUGGCCUCCGUGAAGAUAGAAAGGUUUAAGGCCAUACUGUGAAACAUUCCAGAAAAGCCUUUGACGGAAAAUUUACACAAUCCACCUUUAAAAAUUACUCCACUAAAUAAAACUACUCUGGCCUCGGCUAAAAUGGCUGCCGUGUCACAUGACCUACAGCGGGCGGGGCUCUGUGGACGGUCCAGAACAUGAAGAAGGGAGUGUGUGUGUGUGUGUUACUGAUCGGACUAACUCAAUCAACUACGUAAAGGGACAUAUGCAGCUUCGCUAAUGAAAAUCACUCAGGAUUUAAACAAAGCACUUAGGUUAGGAACAGCUAAUCAAGUGUAAAUCAGGCUUUUAUUUUCAUCUAUUAAAACUGUCAAAGUGAA